AAUUCGUAUAAUUAUUAUUUUAUUGUUAUAUUUUAUGUUUUAAACUUAGAAAAAUAAAUAUAUAAUCACACAUUUCUGCCAUUUUCGAUUGUCGAGCAGCCAUCCCCAGCCAGCUUCUCUCUCUCUCUCUCUCUCACACACACACACACAGAGCGGCUCUCUUUUCUCUCUCUCUCUCUCUUCACAAGAGCUCCAACCUCAAUAUAAUAUGGCUCCGGAUUCUUGAAUCCAUCAAUUCGCUCUGUGUUUCUGGUCACCUUUUCUCUCUCCACUUUAGCAGCUGCCAAAAAAAAAGAGAGCAUUAUUGAGAUGUCUGCAGCUUCUUUCUCUCCAUUUCUAUUCUAUCCUCGUGGAUCUUCAACAAGUGUUGUAGUGCGUUGAGAAUUUUACUACUAUUGGCUCUCUUCUUCCUCUUCUUCUAGAGAGAGAGAGAGAGAGGCAUUUUCAGUAAUCCCUUCUACUCUUACCGCCACUUGUCCAAUUCAAUUACCCUUUUUUCCUUGAAGCUCAUCCUUUUUUCUGUAAUUUAGGCAGAAAAACAGACCAUCAAAUUAGGCAUCAGUUGCAGAAAAUUUCUGGUUAUUGGCGGUAUUUUGUCCGCCUCAAAUUUAACUAUAUCCAUUCAUUUCACUGUAGCGUAGAAAAAGCAACGCAAAAACGGAUUCUUUUUUUUUUUGGUUUUGUUUGUGUGAAACCAACAGCUGUGUUGCGUCCCUAAAUUAGCUUGAAUUCGGAAAAUUAAAGGAGGAAAAAAGGAAGAAAUCAUAUUGUCGGUUUGCGUAAUUGCUUAUAGGUGCAAGCAAGGGUGAUUGGCUUUUUCGUUGAGCUGUUUUGGUUGUUACCUUUUUAAAUAAGGUAAGUGUAGGAGGUGUGUUCCUCACCCAACCCAAAAAGGGCUCAAGAAUCUUCUGGUUCAAUCAAGAUCGUUCAUCUUAUCCGUCUGAUAUCACAUGUCAUAAUUAAGCAAGAAAAAAAGUUCCCGGAGAAUCUUUGUCAGCAGCAGAGAAUUUCAGUUGCUCUGUUGAAAUUAGUGAUUGGAGUUUUUGAAGCUGUGGGGAGGAUGGCCAUGGUGGCGCAGCAUCAUAGAGAGAGAGAGAAUAGCAGCGGGAGCAUAAAUAAGCAUCUGGAUUCCGGCAAGUAUGUGCGGUACACGGCGGAGCAGGUGGAGGCGUUGGAGAGGGUAUACUCCGAGUGCCCUAAGCCGAGCUCGUUGCGCCGCCAGCAGCUCAUCAGGGAAUGCCCCAUUCUCUGCAACAUUGAGCCCAAACAGAUCAAAGUCUGGUUCCAGAACCGCAGGUGUCGAGAGAAGCAGCGGAAGGAAUCCACCAGGCUUCAGAGUGUCAACAGGAAAUUGAGUGCUAUGAAUAAGCUGUUGAUGGAGGAAAACGAUCGCCUGCAGAAGCAGGUUUCUCAGCUGGUUUGCGAGAAUGGUUAUAUGCGGCAACAGUUACAAACUGCGUCUGUACCGACCACUGAUGCGAGUUCUGAGUCAGCGGUUACGACCCCACAGCAUUCUCUUAGAGAUGCUAACAAUCCUGCUGGGCUCCUCUCUAUUGCUGAGGAGACCUUGGCAGAGUUCCUCUCAAAGGCUACAGGAACUGCUGUUGAUUGGGUCCAGAUGCCUGGGAUGAAGCCUGGUCCGGAUUCGGUUGGAAUAUUUGCCAUCUCACAACGUAGAGGUGGAGUGGCAGCUCGAGCUUGUGGUCUUGUUAGUUUAGAACCUUCUAAGAUUGCUGAGAUCCUUAAGGAUCGUCCAUCUUGGUUCCGUGACUGUAGAAGCCAAGAGAUUUUCACUAUGUUUCCUGCUGGAAAUGGAGGAACAAUUGAGCUCUUACAUACACAGACAUAUGCACCGACUACUCUGGCUCCGGCUCGUGAUUUUUGGACUCUGAGAUACACAACCUCAUUAGAGAAUGGUAGCCUCGUGGUAUGUGAGACGUCACUUUCCGGUACUGGGGCUGGGCCAUCUGCAGCUGCUGCAUCACAGUUUGUUAGAGCUGAAAUGCUUCCUUCUGGAUAUUUAAUUCGGCCAUGUGAGGGUGGAGGAUCGAUUAUUCACAUUGUCGAUCACCUUAAUCUCCAGGCAUGGAGCGUGCCAGAGGUGUUGCGGCCACUUUAUGAAUCAUCAAAAGUUGUGGCGCAGAAAAUGACAAUCUUGGCACUAAGAUAUAUUCGGCAGAUAGCCCAGGAGACAAGUGGCGAAGUAGUAUAUGGUCUUGGUCGGCAGCCAGCUGUUUUGCGGACCUUCACCCAGAAAUUAAGCAGAGGCUUUAAUGAUGCUAUUAACGGGUUCAACAACGAUGGGUGGUCGAUAUUAAAUUGUGAUGGUGCUGAAGAUGUAGUAGUUGCCAUUAAUUCAGCCAAGAAUCUGACUGCUGAUUCAAGUGUGGUUUCUCUGCUCGGAGGUGUUCUCUGUGCAAAAGCAUCUAUGCUGCUUCAGAACGUCCCUCCAGCAGUGCUGGUUCGUUUUUUGAGGGAGCAUCGAUCAGAGUGGGCGGACUUUAAUGUUGAUGCGUAUGCUGCCAUGUCAUUGAAGUCGAGCACAUGCUCAUAUCCCGGAACGAGGCCAACAAGAUUCACCGGAACCCAAAUAAUCAUGCCUCUGGGUCAAACGAUUGAACAUGAGGAGAUGCUCGAAGUUGUUCGUUUGGAAGGACACUCGCUUACUCAUGAGGAUGCCUUCGCAUCCAGGGACGUUCAUCUCCUGCAGAUGUGUAGUGGAGUUGACGAGAAUGCUGUGGGAGCCUGCUCGGAGCUGAUUUUUGCACCUAUUGACGAGAUGUUCCCAGAUGAUGCACCGCUGCUGCCUUCUGGUUUCCGCAUAAUCCCACUCGAUUCAAAAUCAGGCGACUCACAUGAUGUAUUGGCUUCACACAAGACGCUGGAUUUGACAUCGAGUCUCGAAGUUGGGCCAGCGACCAGCCACGGUGCAGAAAAUGCAGGGUCAUCUUGCAACGCACGAUCAGUGUUGACUAUUGCUUUCCAGUUCCCAUUCGAGAGCAAUUUACACGAUAAUGUUGCCACGAUGGCACGUCAGUAUGUCCGUAGCGUGAUCUCCUCGGUGCAGAGGGUUGCCACAGCCAUAUCUCCAUCAGGGUUGAGCCCGACAGCGGGGCCAAAGGUGUCCCCGGCCUCUCCUGAAGCUCUAACGCUCGCACACUGGAUAUGCCAGAGCUAUAGCUACCAUGUGGGAACCGAGUUGCUAAGAUCCGACUCCGUAGGCGGCGACUCGGUUUUGAAGACACUUUGGCAUCACCAGGAUGCCAUCUUAUGCUGCUCCUUGAAGGCUCUUCCAGUUUUUAUAUUCGCGAAUCAGGCUGGGCUCGACAUGCUGGAGACGACUCUCGUCUCGCUGCAAGAUAUCGCGUUGGAUAAGAUAUUCGAUGACUCGGGUCGCAAGGCGUUGUUCUCGGAAUUCGCUAAGAUCAUGCAAGAGGGAUUUGCCUCCUUGCCCGGUGGUAUUUGCACGUCGACGAUGGGGAGGCACGUCUCGUACGAACAGGCCGUCGUGUGGAAGGUCUUUGCGGCAGAAGAGAACUCCUCCGUCCACUGCCUCGCGCUCUCUUUCGUCAACUGGUCCUUCGUCUAAAUCUCUAAAUCCAACAACUCUUCAAUUUCCCAGAAGAAAACUCUAAAUGGAGGGAAUCAAAAAGAAAAAGUUUUGUCAUCUAUUUCUGUCUUUUUGCUCAACUCUAUUUAUAUACAGUAUUCCAAAAUUUUGAUCCUCCAAUGUAAAUUCUUCUACUCUAGUCAUUCUAAUCUAUUUGAUGGAAUUCUUGUUUACAA